AUGAAGGUCAGCUCAUUGAUAGUGUUGCGGCCUGUUUGUUUCUUCAUCAUUCUGGCACUGGUAAUGCUGCUACUCCCCAGUUUGUUGUUCCCAUUUUGGAUUAUUAAGGCUAAAACAAUCCAACGAGAGGUGAAGUUGAUUUCCCUCAAUGUCAGUGAAGAGCUACCAUUGGAAAUUGAAAACAUUGCAAAUUUGUUACUUCCAAAGAUUACGUCAGCCACGACUCUAGCAACUCUUUUGAGCUCAUCUCUUAAUGGCAUUCGACUUUCAUUCUCUAAUAUUGAAACUAAGGUGGCCCCUAUACUGUUUCAAGCAUUGUUGACUAUUCCGCAAUUGUCACAGAUUUCAUAUACUGGAUUGGAUGGAUUGUUCUUCUCAUACUACACCAAAGCCAAUCAAUCUUUUGCUGUGUAUUCAAACAAUUCAUUUUCAGUUUAUCCAAUUACUCCAAAUGCCACAACAAAGUACACGUGGUACACUCAGCCUGUAAAUCAAAACACUGGAAGGCCAUUCGGAGAAGCUGUUAUUUCCCAUCCUUGGUUUAAUGCGAAUGCAAGUUGGAUUCAAGAAGCCUUAAAUAGUACAAAUGGGUAUUCUUCAAUAGGAAUGGGGUGGAAUGGUGCUAAAGAUCUCCUAUUCCUUAGGACAGCUGGUGUGGAUGGAAGAGGAGCUAUCUCUUUAGGGUUUCCGGUUGAAUCAUUAGUUGGUUUCUUCUCUAGCAAAAAACUUCAUGGUGGGAGCUUGUAUUUGGCCACAAAAGAUGGGAAAGUACUCACUGAUGGGAUCCAAAACACUCACAUGGUCCUUGUUGGUAACUCAGUUUCAUUUCAGAUGUUGAAACCAAAUGGUGAUCACAUAGGUAAUAUUGGUAAUGUUACUUGUGAACCCUAUAAUGGCACAUUAAAACCUUCUGUGUUGGACAUUUGGGAAAGAAAAUACAUGUUUUUCUGCUCACCAAUUGAAAUUGUUGGGCUGCAAUCGGUAUAUGCAUUGGCUUUACCACAUAGGGAACAAGAGAGCAUUGUUCACAAGAAUAUCAAGUUUGCAUUCAUGCUACUUGUUAUAAUGAUCUGCACUAUGGUUAUAUCCAUUGUCACCUUCGUGUUCUUAAUUGUUAGAGCAGCUAGAAGGGAGAUGCAUUUAUGUUCUACACUCAUAAGACAAAUGGAAUCAACUCAACAAGCAGAAAGAAAGAGUAUGAAUAAGAGUCUCGCAUUUGCAAGUGCAAGCCAUGACGUGCGUGCCUCUCUAGCAGGAAUUACUGGUUUGAUAGAUAUAUGUCGUGAUGAAGUUGCUCCUGGGUCAGAAUUUGAGACAAAUUUAAUGCAAAUGGAAGUUUGUAUAAAGGACCUUUUAGGUUUAUUGAAUUCAAUUCUUGAUACAAGUAAAAUUGAAGCUGGCAAGAUGCAACUUGAAGAAGAAGAAUUUGAUUUGGCCAAGUUACUUGAAGAUGCAGUUGACUUAUAUUAUCCUGUAGGUAUGAAAAAAGGGGUAGAUGUGGUGUUGGACCCUUGCGAUGGUUCCAUUUCUAACAAUACACUCGUUAAAGGAGACAGGGGAAAGUUGAAACAGAUAUUGUGUAACUUAGUGAGCAAUGCUAUCAAAUUUACCCCCGAGGGACAUGUAGCAGUACGAGCUUGGGCAAAGAAACCUAGCUUCAAGAAUUCCAUACUUGGUUCCAAUAGGAACAGAUCAUUGAGUUGCAUAUCAUGCUUAUUUUUCAAAAAUAAUGAAGCAUACAAUGACCUUGAAGCCAUGAACACAAUUCAACAAAACCCGAAUUCUAUGGAAUUUGUAUUCGAGGUGGAUGAUACAGGAAAAGGAAUUCCAAAAGAGAAGCAAAAUUCUGUAUUUGAAAACUAUGUUCAGGUCAAAGAGACAGCUCUUGGACAAGGAGGCACUGGCUUAGGACUUGGUAUUGUUCAAUCUUUGGUACGUCUAAUGGGUGGAGAGAUACGAAUUGUGGAUAAGGAAAUUGGUGAAAAGGGAACUGUCUUCAGUUUCAAUGCCUUCCUCACUACAUGUGGGAUUAACUCAAGCAGUAGCUAUGCAAGAGAAGGUGAUGUUAAAUCAAAUGGUGGUUCCAUAUCCAGUUAUAUGAAUCAACACUCAGAGCCAAGUAAUCAUCGCUCCCCUAGCCCUAUCCCAAAGCCAGAGUUGUCCCAAGUCAUACUCUUCAUUCAAAGUUAUGAACGGCAAAGAACUUCACAAAAAUUCAUGGAGAGCCUGGGGAUAAAAGUAUGUGCAGUAAAACAAUGGGAGCAACUUCCUCAUACCUUUAAGAAGAUAAAACAUAAACUGAACUUUUCGCGGCACAGCUCUUCAGGAAGAUCAGAUGUGAGCAUGAGGAGCGACUGUAUGAGCAGACCGGGAUCGCACAGCUCUAGUAUUAGAGCAAAGGAUUUACCUUUAAGUGCCUUGGAUGGGACAGACCAGAUACCACCCCUUCACAGGAGGAUUAGUUAUAGAGCUGUGCCCAACUUCAUACUAAUUGUGAUUGAUACUAAUGCUGGACCUUUUCGGGAAUUAAGCAAGGCUGUGGCUGAAUUCAGAAGAGACCUUUACAAUACCUGUUGUAGGGUCGUUUGGAUAGAUAAACCCGGUGCUCAUAGCAUCCAUUUGAAAGGCCUCAACGAGGAAAAGCUCCCUCCAACCGAUCUCAUCAUAUCUAAGCCGUUACAUGGUUCUCGCUUGUAUCAUUUGAUAGGACUUCUACCGGAGUUUGGAGGUACAUUGCCGGGUGAUUCAACAAAAAGCAAGUAUCGAGUUGAAAAAGUUUCUUCCGAGUCCGGUUGUUCAGAAAGCCAUGCGCGUAUGAGGUUGAGGAAUUCUCCGACUCAAAACCUCCCAGUCCAAAGGCGAGAGAUACAAGAACAUGUCGACCCAAGUCGUGAGAAACGUUUAAGUGGGAAAAAUGUUUUAUUUGCAGUUCACAACCUCCCAAUCCAACGGGGAGAAAUACAAGAGCACGGUGGCACCAGAAGUGAUCAGAAACCCUUAAGUGGGAAGAAGGUGUUGGUUGCUGAGGAUAAUACUGUGAUGAGCCAAGUGGUUAUGUCUAAUCUUUCUAAACUCGGUGCAGCUGUUGAACACUGUAAAAAUGGAAAAGCUGCCUUCGAAUUAGUUUGCAAAGGUCUAAGUGAUCAAAGGACAAGCAAAGCUUUUGGAGUUCUUCCUUAUGACUAUAUAUUAAUGGACUGUGAGAUGCCGGUAAUGGAUGGGUUUGAGGCAACAAGACGUAUACGGGAGGAGGAAACACAGUACGGUGUUCACGUACCCAUCAUUGCAUUGACUGCUCAUACAAUAGGUGAGGAAGCAGAACGGAUGAUGAGGGCUGGAAUGGAUUUUCACUUGCCCAAACCUCUGAAAAAGGAACAACUAUUGGAAGCCAUCACAUACAUCCAUAGUAAAAUAUGAGAUACUAACAUUAGUAUCUAUAUUUCUCUUUUACCUUUAAUUUGUAGUACUCGUGUAC